AUGUAUAACCCACAUCGCUUUGCUAGGCAGCAUGGAUUUCAUCAAAGAUUACCGGAGAAUUUCAAAUUCAAAGCUCAAGCUGACAAGUCAGGGAAGGGAAAAUCCCUUCCUACAGUAGCUAAAGCUCCUUUACGUCUUCGAAAAUGGGACACUUCAAAGGAUUGUUUGAAUUCUCAAGAACAACUGGCUCUGAAGAUGUUAAAGGUCACGACACCUGUUUCAAGAUCAGCUAAUGUUCGAUCUGUUCAUCCUUUAAACAUCUCAGAAUCUGCUAGAGUGAGUUCGUCAAACGAAUGUGAUCAUGCACUCCUUUCAUCCCGCAUGUCUAAGGGUAUUUUCAAGAAACAAGAUAUAGGCUUGAAUCGUGGAAGGAUUCCAAGCGCAAUUGUACCAGUUGAUUGA